CAUUACCCUGGCUUCUAGUGAUUUCCCUUGUGACUCCAGGGAAAGAGAAAGGAGGGCUAAGAUUUCCAGUUCUCAGAUCCAGCUGAAAUCUCUUCUCCGCCUCCCAGAUUCUGCUGAUGAGUUUUAGUUGCAGGGUCUGAGGAACAGCCCUUGACUGAUUUGGGGAGAGUUUUCCAUCUGCCGUUGGAGGCCCUAGAGCCUCGGGUUAGAAUGGACCAGGCCCCAGGAAUCACUGAUGAGGGCCCUUCUGGAGACAAGAGGAGUGGGGAGGCACAGCCGAGGAAGGGAUUUUGGAAGAUCAUCCCAGAAGGCUUUUUGGCAGAAGCCCUGAGUCUCUUCAAACUCUCGGGACCCCUGUUCCUGUUCCAACUGUUGAUUUUCAUGAUCUUUGUGGUGAGCAGCGUGUUCUGUGGACACCUGGGAAAGCUGGAGCUGGCCUCGGUGACACUGGCUGUGGCAUUUGUCAACAUUUGCGGAGUUUCAGUCGGUUAUGGCAUGGCCUCAGCUUGUGACACCCUCAUGUCUCAGACCUAUGGAAGCACCAACAAGAAACACGUAGGGGUCAUCCUGCAAAGGGGAAUCUUGAUCCUGCUGCUGUGCUGCUUUCCCUGCUGGGCCCUCUUCAUCAACACCGAGAACGUCCUUCUCCUCCUCAGACAAAACCCUGACGUGUGUAGGAUAACCCAGGAAUAUGUGAUGAUCUUCAUUCCUGCUCUUCCUGCCAUUUUCCUUUAUUCUUUGGAAGUGAAAUAUCUACAAAACCAGGGCAUUGUCUGGCCUCAGGUUCUCAGCAGCAUCCUGGGAAAUGGUGUCAAUGCGUUGGCUAACUACUUCUUUCUCUACAUUUUGAAUAUGGGAGUGCCGGGCUCUGCUUUGGCCAAUGUCAUUUCCCAGUAUAUGCAGUCCAUCAUCCUUUUCCUGUAUAUCGUGGUGAGAAAACUCCACCUGGAAACGUGGGCAGGUUGGUCCCUCCAGUGCCUACAGGAGUGGGAAACCUUCUUGUCUCUGGCCAUUCCAGGCAUGCUCAUGAUAUGUAUCGAGUGGUGGGCCUAUGAGAUCGGGAGCCUCCUCAUAGGUCUGCUCAGUGUGGUGGAACUGUCUGCCCAAUCCAUAAUUUAUGAGGUGUCGACUGUUAUGUACAUGAUUCCUCUUGGAUUUGGCUCCGCUGUGUGUGUCAGAGUGGGGAAUGCCUUAGGUGCUGGGGACAUCCAAGCAGCUAAGAGAUCUGCUGUUACUGGUGUGCUGUGCACUGUUGGCAUCUUUUUUGUCACUGGCUCCCUGCUAACUAUCUGCAAGGAUGUCUUGGGAAAGAUUUUUACCAAUGAUGAGGAAGUCAAUGCCCUGGUGAGCUGGAUCAUGCCUGUCUAUAUUGUCUUUAAUCUGUUUGAGUCACUCUGUUGUGUUUGCGGUGCACUGCUGAGAGGAACCGGCAAGCUUGUCUUUGGGGCUACUGUGAAUGCCAUAGGCUAUUAUGCCAUUGGUCUCCCAAUUGGUGCUGUGUUGGUAUUUGUGAUUAAAAUUGGAGUCAUAGGACUCUGGCUGGGGAUGCUGUCCUGUGCUGUCCUGGCAACCACUGCUUUUAUCAUCUACACUGCCAAAAUUAACUGGAAGCUGGCUGCGGAGGAGGCUCAGAAGCGAGCUGGAGUUCACCAACAAGAGCCUCAGAGCACAAGCCCCAGGCAGGGGCCAGGGGAGGUGGCUUUUUCCUCAGCAAUGAUGCCCCCAAGAGCACUGAGGACUCGUCAAUCAUCUGCAGACUACUCUCAGUCACGAGAAUCCCAUUUCAGGGUUUGCUUAAAUCCACUUUGCUUGCUUGCUUGGAACACAAGGGACAUAGUGAAAGAUAGACACUAUCUUUCAGUGGUAUCUCUUGCAGAAUCUAGAGCAGCUUAGAGAACUUAAAAGUCCUCCCCUCCCCACAAAGUGUGCUCCCGAAGCCCAGAGAAGCCAUGAGACAGACAUGUCCACAAUUAGUAGCAAGCUGCCCAGCUUUAGUUCCGCGCUGCUGCAGGAUUUCCUCCCAGGCUUCAGCCAGAAACACCUCCAAACAAGCAGAACAGAUGAAAUAUAGAGAGAGUGCCUCAAAGGUCUUGGUAGAGCUUUAAGCUUUAACAGCUGACUUCUGGGACACAUUGCACUGUGUGUAUAUAACUUUUAAUACCACAAGUUAAUGUCCUCCAUGUCCACAGACUUACAGAAAGAGUUUUAGAGGAUAAUGAUCCUCCUUGCCCUAUGACAGAAAUAUUACUGUCAUGGCCUACCAUACUAUGACCAGUUACUUUGCUGAAAAUAUAAAUACUGGGGUUGGGUGUGUCUAAUAAAUAAGCCUACAGCUAGGAGACAUUUAUAGCCAAAGUUUUAUCAUUCUCAGAGCCGCCAAGGUUCCCAGCGGAGAAAAACAAAGAUAUUGAGAACUAUUUUAAAAUUCAUCUCAAUUUUAUUAAUAAAGAUUUUUAAAUAGUAACCAGGCAGCAGUUAAGUUUCACCAAAAAGGCAAAUGUGAUACACAAUUUUGAUACACUAAGUCCAAACAGUUUUAAAGUCCAUGUCUAACAGUGUAAGGUAAUUGCCUAAAAGUUGCCAUUUAGUUAACCAGUUCCAUUCCCUAAAGAAAGCUAAUGAUUACUUUUAGUACAUGAAGCUUCACCAGCAGGUUAUACCUAUGCCUGAACAGAAUCAAUCUAGCAAAGCGAUCAAUGAAGUAAGCCUCUAAGGGAAAUUGCAUUCCUCCCCUGAGACCACCACUGAUUUCAGAUUUUAAAUCUGGACAUGUAUUCAGAUGAAAAACUCCCCAAUAAAGUCAGCUGAACAUUUUUAAGCA